AUGUUGCCAGACGAUAGGCGCUUCAGUCACUGUGCUGCUAAGAGGCAGGUGGACUGCAACAGACAGUGAGUGGCGGGCGAGCAAUGGGCGUCUGCAUCAAUCAGCGCUUAUUCACCAUUCGCUGCCGUACUUCGAAGCGCGCAAACCUUAUUCGUCGCAGAACGGCCAGCUCACGAGGAGUUCCGUCAUCCCCGCGAUAGCCCCUGCGACGUUCCUCCACCCGCUACGGCAGUCGCCGAGCGUGUUCUGCAUGGCUUUUACCAGCUUCGGACAGCCAGUCGCGCGACCAAGGUCUAG